CUUUUUCCCGCACCGCCAAGAGCCACCCCAUCCGCCCCCACGCGCCACCGCCUUAACUCCGAUUGCAGUCGCCACCGCCCGCGCUCCUCUCACAUGUGACCGCCUAGAGACACCACCCCUGUACUACCACCACGGAAAUCCCCAGAACAUCCGGCCCCACGCGCCACCAUGUCCUUGCAUGAUUGUCGAGUCCGAUACACCCCGUCGGUCCGAGUUUCCGACCUUCAGUGCGUGCUCUCUCAUGAAGGCGGUUUGGAUUUGGAGUCUAAUCCGUCGAGUCGGGAGCUUGUGGUCGCACGCGGUCUUGUGGAUGCGAAAUCGGCCGGCGAAGGAGGGACAAGGAAACGCUCGAGGCAGAAUGUCUUGGCCUCGCAAGACUCCGGUGAUAGGGCGAUGAUCGCAUGAAGGACUCAAAACUGUCAUGCUUUAAAAUGUCAUAAUUCGGAUCUGCUGCACGUUGGAGAUACAAAGAAGGCGAGUGCAAGCACUCUUCCUCUGUUUUUCAGAUGGUUGAAUGGGCACGAUGGGUCAUCACCUGGCAUUGUGAGACAAUGAGCAAAGACCAUUUAUCUAUUGGAUAUUCCCACUCCUUCAAGCCUCCAUGCAAGUUCCCUUGUCAUUCUGACGAUUGUUCUUACUCUUACAAGCCUCACAAUGACCACAGCGGACCUAUCUUUGUUAUCGUGAUUGAGAAUGAUAAGAUGUCUGUUCAAGAAUACCAAGCGGAUUCUACAAUGAUGGACUUAAUAGAAAGAGCAGGGCGAGGAAGCGCCAGGUGGAUGCCCUAUGGUUUCCUUCUGAAGGAAGAACUGAGGCCAAGGCUGAACCGCCAGCCCAUUGGUGACCCAACCUGCAAACUGAGGAUGGGGGAUGUAGUGGAACUUAUGCCAGCCCUACCCGACAAGUCUUUGACAGAAUACCGGGAAGAAAUCCAGCGCAUGUAUAACCAUGGCCCGACAGUGUCGAGCACAGGUCCUGCUGCUAGUACUGUGGUCGGGUGGAGAAACCAACACUCAGCCUGUUGCGCCAACCAUAUGUGAUUUUUAAGUAGUUAUAUAAUUAUUUUGAUAGAUACAUGUACAGAACUAGAUCUGUUUGGUCCUGGGAUGAGAAAAGGGGAUAUUGAUCUGACCAUAUGGAUUCAAAAUUCAAUGAAGUUAUGAAAUGAUUCUUUCUCUAA